UAUAAAAGGUUGCUUUCUUAUAUAUUGAAGCACAAUUACGAACGAGUUCAAUGAAGAGUAGUUAUUAGUUGAGUGACGAACGAAUACAUACGAAAUUUGUUCUCUAAAAUGAGGAUAACAAUUUUAUUUCUACUUAUUGGCAUAUGCCUCGUAAGCGCAAAGUACUUACCUUACGACACAAGUGAAUACAGUGUAUUAGUGAGAAAUAAAAGAUCAGACUCUGAUGAAUCAGUACGAUCUAUCGAACGUGAUGAUUCAAGUGAUAAUGAAGAAGUCGACGAGGAUUCGAGUGAAAAUAUAAGUGAAAUUAAACGCAAGGAAGUAGAGGAAAAACAACGUAAAAAAAUGUUAGAGCGUGAAGAAAAGAUAAAACGUAAGGAAGAAGAAAGACAAAGAAAAUUAGAAGAAAAACAAGCAAAACAACAACGCAAAGAGGAAGAAAGGCGUGAAAAAGAAGAACGUAAACGUCUAGAAAGAAUUGAAAAAGAAAAACGAAAGGAAGAAGAGAAAUUGGAAAAAGAAGAAAGGAAAAAACAAGAAAAACAACGUAAACAACUAGAAAAAUUACGAAAAGAGGCUUUAGAAAAAGAAAAAGAAGAUGACGAUUUCUUAGGCAGCGAAGAAGAAAAUUCGGUAGAAUUAAGUGAUAUUUGGAGAAACCACAUCUAUGUUAAAUAUGGGUUGACUCUUACAAGUACAAAAAUUGAAAAACAGGCAGCUAUAAAUAGAUAUUUCCAAGAAGAACUGGGUCUUACCUCAAAUAGCACAGUAAGUGAUCGACGACAAGCUAUAGUGAAGCUAAUUGAAACGACACUACAAAACAAUACUGCUUCCCUUGAUGCGUUGAAAAAUCAAUUAUUAAGUCAAAUGAAUGCCAUAAGCCUAUACAAGUGGCAAACAAAAUUGGAGAAAGGUGUUGAAAAGUUAAAUAAUAAAUCUGAAAUACUUAACAAUGUUACGCUACCAUGGGUUACUGUCAUGCAACAGAACAUAGAAGAAAAGAAAUUAUUUUUACAAACUAUUAGUCAAUUCUUAUCAAAUCUAUUUCCAAACGUGGUCGCUGGAGGACAAAAUCAAUCUCAAUCUGGAAACAGUAGUGGUAUUUCAAAUAUUAAUGUGAAUAAUACAAACAUAGUUGACUCGGUAACUGGUGUACCAAGUGUAAAUUCUGGUUCAGAGAAUAAUGUGAACAUAGACAAUAGCACAGCAUCGUCAUCAACAAAUGAAGUACAUAUCGCAGGAGAAAGUAGUGAUUCAUCUGUUCCUGACAAUAAUGACAUUAACUCUACAAAUGUAAAUGACAGCAAUUCAGUAGUUUCUGAAAACAGUGAUAUUAACAACUCAAACAUUGAAACCUCUUCAAACACUGACACUGUCCUUUCCGGUGGUAAUGCUGUUGCUACAAACGUUAAUCCUAUAUUGGAUUCAGAUAAAGAUUCAUCCACAAAUACUGACGUCGGAGAUAAUGAUGCUGUUAUAAAUAGCAACGUUAAUAUAACGUCUGGAAGUGUUUCUGACACAAAUACUAUUUCAGUUUCCGAUGAAAUUAGUCAAAGCUCUGCAACUAACGACGUUAAUAUUGAGAAUAACAAUACUUCAUCCUCAGGUAUUGACGCUGUUACAAUCGGAGGUAGUGAUGCAGCUAUAAAUAGUAAUACUAACGUUGACUCUGAAAAUGAUUUAGCUACAAAUACCACAUCGAUUUCUGACGGAAUCAGUCAAAGCUCUACAACUAACGAUGUUAAUAUUGAGAAUACCAAUACUUCAUCCUCAGGCAUUGACUCUGUUAUAAUCGGAGGUAAUAAUGAUGCAGCUAUAAAUAGUAAUACUAACGUGGUCUCUGAAAAUGAUUUAGCUACGAAUACCACAUCGGUUUCUGACGGAAUCAGUCAAAGCUCUACAACUAACGACGUUAAUAUUGAGAAUAACAAUACUUCACCCUCAGGUAUUGACACUGUUACAAUCGGCGGUAAUGAUGCAGUUAUAAAUAGUAAUACUCACGUGGUCUCUGAAAAUGAUUUAGUUACAAAUACCACAUCGGUUUCUGACGGACUCAGUGAAAGUUCUGCAAACAGUAACAUUAAUAUUCAAAAUAACAAUGUUUCAUCUUCAAGUAUUGAUUCUGCUUCUAACGCAGAUAACGUUGGUGCUACAACUAAUGUCAAUGUAAAUUCUAAUGAAUCAGAAAAUGUUACAAGUAAUAAUGGUAAUGAUGCGUCUGCAAGUUCUCCAUCGUCAGGUGUUGAUUCUAUUACGUUGGAAACAACUACUAACUCUUCUGAAGGAAUUGAAGCUACCGUAGACGGUCAAGUGUCAACUGUUAAUACUGAUUUAUCUCUGAAUAAAAGUACCACCACUGUAAACAAUAACGCUGUUAUUGAAUCUACAACAAUUUUAGAAACUGAUCCUAACAAUGUGGAUUCCACGGGAAAUGAUGUGGUCAUAAGCAACAAUAAUAAUAUUGAACCUAUUACACUUCCAACAUCGGGUACCGAUUCUGUUUCUCCAGGAGCCAUUAUAAACGCUAAUGUUGAAUCUGCAAAUAGUACUGAUUCGAGCAACGACAACAACAACAACGCUAUUGGGAUUGGAACUGCUACUUCAUCAAAUGCUGACUCUAAUGCUCCAAGUGACGCAGUUUUAAAUAACAAUGCCGAUGUUGGGUCAGCAAAUGCUUUACCCACGAAUAUUUCUUCCGGAGGAAGUACAGUUGUUUUAAACAACACAGAUCUUGUUGGGUCUGCAAAUGUUUCUUCAUCAGACUCUGUAUCUCUUGGAAGCGAUGGUACUGCUACAAAUACACAGCUGAUCUCUGGCGAAGGUAGCAACAACCUUAAUUUGAGUUCUGUUAAUGAUCCAUCCUUCAACGCAAAUGUAACAAAUGCACCGACUGAUACUGAAUCAUCUGUGAGCAGUGAUCCUACUACUAUUUCUAUCGCAGUAUCUACAAAUGAGAAUGCCACUUCUACAAGUACCGGUAAUGUCAUAUUAGAAGAAAACUUAUUAACUACCAACGUAGAGUCUAUUGAUAGUGGUACAGAAGCGUCUGUAACCGUAGUUGAUCCAGAAGUUUCUAAUAUCGCAACUAAUGUUACAGAUACUGCUUCUUUAAAUAAUAAUAUAAAUACAGAAGUAGAUUCUUCUAAUACAAAUUCUACGGAUAUGGAUUAUUUAAACAAUACGACGGCAUCAGAUGUUUCACAUGUAGACAUAAGUGUUAGUACAGGUUCUAUAACACCACAAGCAACCACUGAAACCGUAAACGAAGCUGUUAGCAACGUCAACACAGCUUCUGAUAUUGCUAUAACAGAAACACCUACUGAUGUGUCAGCUACUACUGUCGUUCUUGUUGAAUCAUCACCAUCUGCUCAAAACGGUGAAAUUACAAUACCUGCGGAGGCUGGAGCAACAAUUGUAGAAAUAUCCCCACAGUAAAAACAAAUGCUAAAUAUAACACACACUUGCUAUUUCUUUAUUGAUAUAUAUUUUAUAUUUAGACCUGUGACUGUAAAAAUAUAAUAAAUUUACAUUUUCGAAUUAUUUAA